GGGAAGAGGCGGAGCGCCGGGGCCCCGCCCCCAGGAGCCACCGCCCAGCCGCUGGCCCGCGCCGCUCGGAGCUGCGUCCAGGGGACGUGGGGCCGCAGGGAGGCUGUGCGCACCAAGGGAGAGGCCCUGUUUGGCCUAGAAGCCUCUAUUUUGGCAUCUGUCCACCUCUGCACGGAGCUGAAGCUUGACCGACCCCAGAGCAUCUGCAUAGAGUGAGGGAAGGAAUAGGACAUGCUCUGAAGACCUCUGCAACGAGACCCAGGAAGCAGUGAGCUCAGUCCACACUCUGAAGCCGCCCUGCCCCUGGCCCACCAUGGCCUCCUCUGACAAGAAUGGCGAGAGCGUCUCCUCUGUGUCCAGCAGCCGCCUGCAGAGCCGGAAGCCGCCCAACCUGUCCAUCACCAUCCCGCCACCCGAGACCCCAGCCCCUGGCGAGCAGACCAGCAUGCUGCCCCAGAGGCCCAGGAACCCAGCCUAUGUGAAGAGCGUCAGCCUCCAGGAGCCACGGGGACGGUGGCAGGAGGGCAGCUCGGAGAAGCGCCUCGGCUUCCGCCGCCAGGCCUCCCUGUCCCAGAGCAUUCGCAAGGGCACGGCCCAGUGGUUCGGGGUCAGCGGCGACUGGGAGGUGAAGCGACAGCACUGGCAGCGCAGGACUUUGCACCACUGCAGCGUGCGCUACGGCCGGCUCAAGGCCUCAUGCCAGCGCGACCUGGAGCUCCCCAGCCAGGAGGCGCCGUCCUUCCAGGGUACCGAGUCUCCGAAACCCUGCAAGAUGCCCAAGAUUGUGGAUCCCCUGGCCCGCGGACGGGCGUUCCGCCACCCGGAUGAGGUGGACAGGCCCCAUGCCCCACACCCACCCCUGACCCCAGGGGUCCUGUCCCUCACCUCCUUCACCAGUGUCCGCUCCGUCUAUUCCCACCUGCCCCGCCGCAAGAGGAUGUCUGUGGCCCACAUGAGCUUUCAGGCUGCCGCUGCCCUCCUCAAGGGGCGCUCGGUGCUGGAUGCCACGGGACAGCGGUGCCGCGUGGUCAAACGUAGCUUCGCCUACCCCAGCUUCCUGGAGGAGGACGUGGUGGACGGAGCAGACACAUUUGACUCCUCGUUUUUUAGUAAGGAAGAAAUGAGCUCCAUGCCCGAUGACGUGUUUGAGUCUCCCCCACUCUCGGCCAGCUACUUCCGGGGGAUCCCACGCUCGGCCUCCCCGGUCUCCCCCGAUGGGACGCAGACCCCUCUGAAGGAGUACGGCCGCGCCCCGGUCACGGCGGCCCGGCGCGGCAAGCGCAUCGCCUCCAAGGUGAAGCACUUCGCCUUCGACCGGCAGAAGCGGCACUACGGCCUGGGCGUGGUGGGCACCUGGCUGAACCGCAGCUACCGCCGCAGCAUCAGCAGCACGGUGCAGCGUCAGCUGGAGAGCUUCGACAGCCACCGGCCCUACUUCACCUACUGGCUGACCUUCGUCCACAUCAUCAUCACACUGCUGGUGAUUUGCACGUAUGGCAUUGCACCCGUGGGUUUUGCCCAGCACAUCACCACCCAGCUGGUGCUGAGGAACAAAGGUGUGUAUGAGAGCGUGAAGUACAUCCAGCAAGAGAACUUCUGGAUCGGCCCCAGCUCGAUUGAUUUGAUCCACCUGGGAGCCAAGUUCUCCCCCUGUAUCCGGAAGGACCAGCAGAUCGAGCAGCUGGUGCUUCGGGAGCGAGACCUAGAGCGGGACUCGGGCUGCUGUGUCCAAAAUGACCACUCGGGCUGCAUCCAGACCCAGCGGAAGGACUGCUCGGAGACUUUGGCCACUUUUGUCAAGUGGCAGGAUGAUACGGGGCCCCCCAUGGACAAGUCUGAUCUGGGUCAGAAGCGGACAUCAGGGGCAGUGUGCCACCAAGACCCCAGAACCUGUGAGGAGCCAGCCUCAAGUGGUGCCCACAUCUGGCCUGAUGACAUCACCAAGUGGCCAAUCUGCACUGAGCAGGCCAAGAAUAACCGCACCGGCUUCCUACACAUGGAUUGCCAGAUCAAGGGCCGCCCCUGCUGCAUCGGCACCAAGGGCAGCUGUGAGAUCACCACCCGGGAGUACUGUGAAUUCAUGCAUGGCUAUUUCCAUGAAGAGGCAACACUCUGCUCCCAGGUGCACUGCUUGGACAAGGUGUGUGGGCUGCUGCCCUUCCUCAACCCCGAGGUCCCAGAUCAGUUCUACAGGCUCUGGCUGUCUCUGUUUCUCCACGCAGGCGUGGUGCACUGCCUCGUGUCCGUGGUCUUCCAGAUGACCAUCCUGCGGGACCUGGAGAAGCUGGCUGGCUGGCACCGCAUCUCCAUCAUCUUCAUCCUCAGUGGCAUCACCGGCAACCUUGCCAGCGCCAUCUUCCUCCCGUACCGGGCGGAGGUGGGCCCGGCGGGUUCGCAGUUUGGCCUCCUCGCCUGCCUCUUCGUGGAGCUCUUCCAGAGCUGGCAGCUGCUGGAGCGGCCCUGGAAGGCCUUCCUGAACCUGUCAGCCAUCGUGCUCUUCCUGUUCAUCUGCGGCCUCCUGCCCUGGAUCGACAACAUCGCCCACAUCUUCGGCUUCCUCAGCGGCCUGCUGCUGGCCUUCGCCUUCCUACCCUACAUCACCUUCGGCACCAGCGACAAGUACUGCAAGCGGGCCCUCAUCCUGGUGUCGCUGCUGGUCUUCGCCGGCCUCUUCGCCUCUCUGGUCAUCUGGCUCUACGUCUACCCCAUCAACUGGCCCUGGAUCGAGUACCUCACCUGCUUCCCCUUCACCAGCCGCUUCUGCGAGAAGUACGAGCUGGACCAGGUGCUGCACUGACCCCCACCAGGUGGGCCUGGGACGGGCUGCCUGUCUGCAGAGCGCCCCAGCCCGCGCUCCAGAGACCCGCUGCCGGGGGCCCCGGCCCUCCCUCC